CUAGCCUAUAUGCGGCGCACCGGAUCAUGCCCUUCUCCCUCUUUAUAUGUCAAAGCAGAGCCCAAAACCCUAACAAAUAUCAAACCUCCCCUCUUACUGCACGCUCCGGCACCUCCAAAACUCCAUCUCGAGAGAAGUCGCAUCACUUUGAAAUGGCGGUCGCUUUCCCAGAUGUCAAGUCAGCAUCCGGUUUGAAAAAACUCGAUGAAUACUUGCUUAGUCGUAGCUACAUUUCCGGGUAUCAGCCUUCUAAGGAUGAUGUUACCGUUUACGAAGCGCUCUCCAAACCCGUAUCCAGCGAAUAUGUUAACGUGUCUAGGUGGUCCAAUCACAUUGAAGCACUCUUGAGAGUUUCCGCUGUUUUUGGAGAGGGUUCUGGUGUUAAGUUGGACGCAGUUGCAACCCCACCGGCUGCUGAUGCAAAGUUGGUGUACACUGAAUUUUAUCAGGCUGCCGAUGAUGAUGAUGAUGAUGACGACAUGGAUCUAUUUGGAGAAGAGACCGAAGAGGAGAAGAAGGCUGCUGAGGAGCGCGCAGCUGCCGUCAAGGCUUCUGCAAAGAAGAAAGAGAGUGGCAAAUCAUCAGUUCUGAUGGAUAUCAAACCUUGGGAUGAUGAAACUGACAUGAAGAAACUUGAAGAGGCUGUAAGGAGUGUUCAGAUGGAAGGCUUGCUUUGGGGAGCAUCGAAACUUGUCCCUGUUGGAUAUGGUAUUAAGAAAUUGCAGAUAAUGCUCACAAUUGUUGAUGACCUUGUGUCUGUUGACAAUCUCAUUGAGGAAUAUUUGACAGUUGAACCCAUAAAUGAGCAUGUUCAGAGCUGUGACAUCGUUGCCUUCAACAAAAUAUAAUUUUGAGCUUUUUCGUCAAACCCAAGAGCUGGUGGCUUCAAAGAUGUUGAAUUCGGGAAGAUGUUUUAUAGAAGCCUCUGUUUCUAAUUUCUACUUCAUACUUGUUUUGACAAUGCUUGAAAUACUUUUCUUUACAGCUUUAAUUGCUGUCUAGUUCCUCUCAGUUUUGUUAAAUUGAUUUGAAAUGAGCUUAUAAAAAAUAAUAUUAGGAUAAUUAUCAUGUUUCAUUCCAGUAUACUGAAUUUUAAAUUGAUGACAGCUUUUGGUAUA